CGUGAACUACGGUUGCCGGGAGGGGGCAGCUGUGCCCUGGAAUGGCUGUUUGAAGGCAGGGUUCGAUUCGCCCGGUCCCUGGCAGGGAAGUAGGAGCGCCCGCCCGCUGAGCUCGGAGGUGGAGGAGGCGUGUGUGUUGCCAAUUUGAGAGGUUGGUCCAGGGGUUUAAGGCCGGGGAGGCGGCAGUCCGCAAGAAGCAAGGAGAGGAGAGCCUUGUCCCACCGCCCCUCUUCAGCGCUUUUCAGACGCGAUUACCAAGUCUUUGGCUCGUUUUUCGAUCGCUGAGGCCCCCUUAGCUUCCAGACUGGGCAUGCCGCCCCUGGCGUGGAAGAAAGGACUGUCUUUGGGACGGCGGUGACGCUUCAAGGCCUUUCCUGCAAGGAUAGCGACCUCCACGGAUUCUUGUACAUGAAAGGAGACAGGAGAAUGGAAAGUAUGCGAGCUGAACAUGUUUAUUAAGUGCAUUUAUUCAUUUAGCAAGUGGUUAUUGGCCCCGACACCUCUCAGCGUUAGGGAGACAACAGUGAGCAAGAUAGAUGCCAUUCCUUGCCCUUGUGGAAGCUUCACUGUAACAAGGAGAGAGGCAAACACAGAAUUAUCAGGUUUUACUGAAGAAACAUUUAAGAGAUUGAUCACAUUUUGACAUAUUUAAAAUUUGGAAUUGUCAACCUUUUUAUACGACAUAUUUUGGCAGUAAACAUGAAAGCUUUCUUUGAAGUUUUAGAACAAUUAUACAAGAAGGUCCUUCUUGGAUCCGCGCUUGAACAUGACAGCUAUGAUUACAUCUCUUAUCUCAACCCAGCAUUUUUGGAUCAAGAUUGUUCUACAAGCACCUGCUCAGAAUGCUCAAACCCCCACGGAGUCCAAGACAAGCAUCAGCCGUCCUCUGUCAAUCUGUCUACCGUUUCUGUAGCCCCUGUGUGCCUGAAGAGACACUGUCAGAUAAGCAAUGCCCGAGAAAUAAUGCUCCUCCAGCUCACAGUGAUCAGAGUGAUGAUAACCCGAAUAUUGUCUGUCGAAACUGAGCUCCGUGCAAAGGACAAGUACAGAGAUAUAAUCACAAUUCUUUUAAAAUCGUCUAACAUCGAUUCUAAAUUAACCUGUAUGUUCCAAAACUCAGAUAAAUUGUUAUCUCACCUGGCUGCCAAGUGCCUUGCACUACUUCUGUAUUUCCAAUUGAGAGAAAAGAUAACAUUAAGUAAUUCCUGGAUUGCUUUUUGCCAAAAAAAUCUUUCUGAAUACUCUAAAAGUGAUGAAGUAGUAUACUGCCUCUGGACUCUGACUUUUGUAAUAAAAGAAAUCUUCAAAGAUACAUGUUCACAAAAAGCAGAAAUUCUAAAGCAGUUCCUGACUCCUUUUGACACUAUUUUUGAAGGUUUUUACAAUUCCUUAUUUUCAGAGUAUUUCAAAAACUGCCAAAAUACUUCUAAAGUAACAAACAGCUUGAUAUGUUUCCUGGAAUUGCUUGAACUUCUUGUAGCUUCCAGAAUCCACCUGAAGUUACAUUUCACUUGCCAGAGGAUUUUAUUUUUGAAACCUUCUUGUGUGCUAGACGUUAUUACAUGGCCUGUUCAGACUUUUGUCAAAAGGAAGUUCAUCAUAUUCAUCAAAAAGUGCCUUCUCUGCAAAGUGGGUGAAGACCUGUGCCCAGGGUCUGUCCCUGCACCAGUGCCACCCAGUGGCCACUUAGAUUCGGAAUGUGUGGCCUUGGCUGAUGCUGUGCUACAGGCUGUGGGUUCCGGCUUACUGAGGACCUUGUCUGUCCAUGCAAACCCUGCCUGCUUUGCAGGUGGUGAGGUUAGCCCUGGGCGGGCACACGGUCCCCGUCCAGAUCACGUGAUCCUUAGAGCAGCCAGCUUGCUUAUCAUUAAAUCCUUGGAAAUCAAAUUUCAAAACUGUGCUUCAGCAAACGAAAUGAAAGUUGAUUUACAGAGGUUCCUAUCUGAGUUACUGACCUUCUUAAAGCCUCAUCUUCAGCCCUCUCUGCAGUCACACAAUCCAUGUGAGUGGCUGUCUAGCAUCUUCAUAGAACAAGACGAUGACAUGGUGGAGGCUGCCAGAGCAUCAUUGGGCAUCUAUUUACAGUUGAUCAGAGAAUGUGAAACUACUGAAGAUUUGACCCAAGAAAAAGAAAUGUGGAACCAUCACACACAUGAAAAUGGCUAUAAUCCACACUGUAUUUUCUUAUUCUUAUUGAAAAAUAUUGGGUUUGAUUCUUCAGUUCUUCUUGACUUUUUGAUUUCAUCAGAAACCUGUUUUCUUGAAUAUUUUGUUAGAUAUUUAAAAUUAUUGCAAAAAGACUGGGAUAACUUUUUCACGAUUUGCAAGUACUUUGAUGUAACUGAAUCUAAAGAUAGCAUAAAUAUUUGUGGUUGUAUCUCUUCACCCAACCGGGACAGAAGAAUGAGCCAAAGAGAGCUUAGUCCUUUGGCUGCUCUUGGUGGUCACCGAAGUUCUCAUGUCUGGCAUUCCCAUGUUUCUUCUGAAUCCCUGAACCAGGUCAUGAUGUCCAAGGAAACCCACAGCAUACUCCAGGCGAAUAGUCCAUCUGCUCCCCAAGCUUCUCAGAGUCUGGUAGAUUAUGACAGCUCUGAUGAUUCUGAAGUAGAAUGCACAGACCAGCAUUUAGCAAACAGUAAACAGACAUCUUUACACCAAGAAACAAAGAAGAAAUUUCAGGACACAGUUGCAGUAAGUAAGGAUAAAAAAGAACUUAGCUUGGAGUCUCAGUCAAGGUCUCUGGUUCCAAAAGAAACUAAUACUCCCCUGUCUGUUGAUUGUGACAUAGCCCCAAAUAAUAGGGUCUAUGAAAUGGGAAUAUCUUAUAGAACAAUCAAAUGCUUAGAAGAGCUACAAGGUGCCAUUUACCGUUUGCAGAAGAAAAAUCUUUUCCCCUAUAAUCCAACAGCGCUUUUGAAGUUGUUAAAACAUAUUGAGGCAAUCUAUAAUGAAAAUGUGAACCCUUGGUUAAAUAGUGGCAUUUUAUUUCCAGGAACUCUUUUUCCCUGAUAGAAAUUGUGUCUUAAUGAGAUAAUAGUAAAAAAAAAAAAAGGUCCUCAAAAGGG